CGGCCCCGGCUCCGGCCCCCGCCCAGCCCCGCAUCCCCUCCCCGCCGGGCCGAGAUGGCGGAUCCAGCCGAAUGCAGCAUCAAAGUGAUGUGCCGGUUCCGGCCCCUCAACGAAGCUGAGAUCCUGCGCGGGGACAAAUUCAUCCCCAAAUUCAAAGGCGACGAGACGGUGGUGAUCGGGCAAGGAAAGCCAUAUGUGUUUGAUAGAGUGCUGCCACCCAACACCAGCCAAGAGCAGGUUUACAAUGCAUGUGCAAAGCAAAUUGUCAAAGAUGUCCUUGAGGGUUAUAAUGGGACAAUUUUUGCAUAUGGACAGACUUCAUCAGGAAAAACGCACACCAUGGAGGGGAAGUUACAUGACCCUCAACUCAUGGGGAUCAUACCAAGGAUCGCACACGAUAUUUUUGACCAUAUUUAUUCCAUGGAUGAGAACCUGGAGUUUCACAUCAAGGUUUCCUAUUUUGAGAUCUACUUGGACAAAAUACGGGACUUACUUGAUGUGUCCAAGACCAAUUUGGCUGUUCAUGAAGAUAAAAACCGAGUCCCCUAUGUAAAGGGGUGCACCGAGAGGUUUGUGUCAAGCCCUGAAGAGGUCAUGGAUGUGAUCGAUGAAGGCAAAGCAAACCGACAUGUGGCUGUGACAAACAUGAAUGAACAUAGCUCUAGAAGUCACAGUAUCUUCCUGAUCAAUAUUAAACAAGAGAAUGUGGAGACUGAAAAAAAACUCAGUGGGAAACUUUAUUUGGUUGAUUUGGCUGGGAGUGAAAAGGUCAGCAAAACUGGUGCCGAGGGAGCUGUUCUUGAUGAAGCUAAAAAUAUCAACAAGUCUUUGUCGGCUCUUGGAAACGUGAUCUCUGCCUUAGCAGAAGGAACAAAAACACAUGUGCCAUACCGGGACAGCAAGAUGACCCGGAUUCUCCAGGACUCUCUGGGAGGGAACUGCAGAACCACGAUUGUCAUUUGCUGUUCUCCUUCGGUCUUCAAUGAGGCUGAGACCAAGUCCACGCUGAUGUUUGGACAGAGAGCUAAGACCAUCAAAAAUACAGUCUCUGUGAAUCUGGAACUAACAGCAGAAGAAUGGAAGAAGAAAUACGAAAAAGAGAAAGAGAAGAACAAGACCUUGAAGAAUGUUAUCCAGCAUCUGGAGAUGGAGCUGAACAGGUGGAGAAAUGGAGAAGCUGUGCCUGAGGAUGAACAGAUUAGUGCCAAGGACCAGAAGAACCUGGAGCCCUGUGAUAACACGCCCAUCAUCGACAACAUCACGCCUGUUGUGGCCAGCAUCUCUGCCGAGGAGAAGGAGAAGUAUGAUGAGGAGAUCUCCAGUCUGUACCGACAGCUGGAUGAUAAGGAUGAUGAAAUUAACCAGCAGAGCCAGCUGGCUGAAAAGCUAAAGCAACAGAUGUUGGAUCAGGAUGAGCUUCUAGCUUCUACAAGGAGAGAUUAUGAGAAGAUACAGGAAGAGCUGACUCGCCUCCAAAUCGAAAACGAGGCAGCAAAAGAUGAGGUGAAGGAAGUGCUCCAGGCACUGGAGGAGUUGGCUGUCAACUAUGACCAGAAGUCACAGGAGGUGGAGGACAAGACCAGGGCCAACGAGCAGCUGACAGAUGAGCUGGCCCAGAAAACGACUACACUGACAACCACCCAGAGGGAGCUGAGCCAGCUGCAGGAGCUCAGCAACCACCAGAAGAAGAGGGCCACCGAGAUCCUGAACUUGCUGCUAAAGGAUCUGGGGGAGAUCGGGGGCAUUAUCGGCACCAACGACGUGAAGACUCUGGCAGACGUGAAUGGAGUCAUUGAGGAGGAGUUCACCAUGGCUCGCCUGUACAUCAGCAAAAUGAAGUCAGAGGUCAAGUCCCUGGUGAACCGUAGCAAACAGCUGGAGAAUGCCCAGAUGGACUCCAACAGGAAGAUGAAUGCCAGUGAGCGGGAGCUGGCAGCUUGCCAGCUACUCAUCUCCCAGCACGAAGCCAAGAUCAAAUCUCUGACAGACUACAUGCAGAACAUGGAGCAAAAGAGGAGGCAGCUGGAGGAGUCCCAGGACUCGCUCAGUGAAGAGCUGGCCAAGCUCCGAGCCCAAGAAAAAAUGCAUGAAGUCAGUUUCCAAGAUAAGGAGAAAGAACACCUGACACGGCUGCAGGAUGCUGAGGAGAUGAAGAAGGCGCUGGAGCAGCAGAUGGAGAGCCACCGCGAAGCUCACCAGAAGCAGCUGUCCCGACUUCGAGACGAGAUUGAAGAGAAGCAGAAAAUCAUCGAUGAGAUUCGGGAUUUGAAUCAGAAACUGCAACUGGAACAGGAGAAGCUGAGUUCUGAUUAUAACAAGCUGAAAAUAGAGGACCAGGAGAGAGAAAUGAAACUGGAAAAGCUCUUGUUGCUCAAUGAUAAAAGGGAACAAGCCAGGGAGGACCUCAAGGGGCUGGAGGAGACAGUGUCGCGAGAGCUCCAGACUCUUCAUAACCUCCGCAAACUCUUUGUCCAGGACCUGACCACCCGGGUGAAAAAGAGCGUGGAACUGGACAGUGAUGACGGAGGGGGCAGUGCUGCCCAGAAGCAGAAGAUUUCCUUCCUUGAAAACAACUUGGAGCAGCUCACCAAGGUGCACAAGCAGCUGGUCCGGGACAACGCAGACCUGCGCUGUGAGCUGCCCAAGCUGGAGAAGCGGCUGCGGGCCACCGCAGAGCGAGUCAAGGCCCUGGAGAGCGCACUGAAGGAGGCCAAGGAGAACGCCAUGCGAGACCGCAAGCGCUACCAGCAAGAGGUGGACCGCAUCAAGGAAGCAGUCCGAGCCAAGAACAUGGCGAGGAGGGCGCAUGCAGCCCAGAUUGCCAAGCCCAUCCGCCCUGGACAUUACCCAGCAUCAUCUCCAACAGCUGUCCAUGCCAUCCGAGGGGGAGGAGGCGGCUCUUCAAACUCCACUCACUACCAGAAGUAAAUGCAGAAUACGACUUCACGUAGCAUGACAAGCAAGGACUACAUUCAUCUCCAAUUCCUUUAUUUCCCCUUCGUAUACAGUUUCCAUUUCUUUUUAUACUGGCUUGCCCCCACCGUCUGCAGUACACCAGUUUCCGGUGUUCUGAGCUGUGUAGAAUUUCUGUGUGUACAGAUGCGUGCUUGGACUCUUCUCCUCCUGAGCCUGGAAGGAGACGGACAUGGUUACGAAAGGCCCCUCGCUACUCAGAGCCAUUACUGCUGACUCGGCCGUCCCUGCAGCACACUGUCCCACUGGGACCGCCUGCCGUGUCAUUUCCUCCCUGAAGGGGACAACCAAGUGCUGCAGAGGCUGUGGUCAUGCUCUGCCUCGACUGUCUGGUUUCCUGUAAAAUAAACACAUUCCUUUAUAUUUUUAGGCAACAAAAAGUGCUGCUGUAGGGUUCAAAGUUUUCAUUCUGAACACUUUUCCAAAAACAAAUGACCCCAGAGAGCACUUUGAAUAUCUUGGUCACAUCUUUGGAUCUGUAAUAUACACGUUUUAGUAUGGCACUAGUGAAAAUGCAAAGCAGAUUUCUUCAAGGCAGGAAAAACAGUCUGACAGUAGCAAUGUAGAGUUUGCUCAUUCAGACACAGCUGUGUGAACAGUCAUGAGAUUCGCCUCUGAGCUGUUUGCUCUUGAACCUGCAGCAACUAGUCUUGGCCAGCCCCGCUGGGCUCGACCCCCUUCUUGCAGAGCAAUGAAGACGCUACAGACUUGGGUGAGUGGAUGAAGCUGCCCUCCUCGCUUCUUCCUCCUGAUGCUUCUGGAGCCUGCCUCGGGAUGGCCUCCGGGUCCACAGAGUGGACCCGUCUUGUGCUUGAGGAGGUAUUCCUAAGGAAGUCCAGCAUCACUCCAGCAGUUGCAGAAGGGGGAAAGUCCUUGACAAAGUUUGUGCCUGUGUACACAUAAGUUGCCAUGAAUCAGUUCUCACUGUAUGUUAACUCAUCACUGCAAACUCUUCAUGUGAAUCUUCUCUUUGCUCUCUUUGGCACCAAAUAGGGUUUAUCUUCUAGGCACAAUUAGAAGGUAUCACUAUAGAUGGACCUUUUUUUUUUUUUUACAUUUAGUUAUUACUGCAUUUAAAUAUAUGAAUCUAAAGCUGACUCCCUUAAUUCCAGUUGGACAUAGUAAGUGAAUUGAUUUCUAAGUAGUAAAGUUUUCACAGACACUGUAGAAGAUUCUAAUAAGAUUAUCUUGUGUGCUGCUACUUGAUUCGACAAAUUUGUGGGUAAGUCAGUGACAACCUAAUCAAUCUUGGUUGAAAUCACCUAUCCUGUCAUCACAUAUGCCCAAGAAGUGCAAGCUGGCACUGUCCCCUACAGCAGUCACCACUGGAAUGAAGCGUAUGCCAGGGGAGACUGGGCUUUCUCGUGGCCAUGUGGGAUAUGGGCCGAAAUAGUUCAUAAAGUGUGUGUGUGUGUGUGUGUGUGUGUGUGUGUGUGUGUGUGUGUGCGUGCUCACGCAGGCAUGCAUGAAGUACUGAGGAUUGUGAGUUGAUGUCCAAACUCUUGUAUAAAGUCCUUAGCAAAGCAGCCCUGCUUUGACCUAAUUUAUUUGUUAAGUGUUUCAAUUUGUAUGGUUUUGUUCUGCAAGGAGGAGAGACAUUCUACUGAAAUAUUUAUUUCAUAAAGAUAAAGAUUUGCAUAUGUUUAAAUGUGUUCACCCUCUUUGAUUUUGCUGCCAUUUUCCCUACAAUGUAACUGCUUGGUCACUAUUUACCGUCUGAUAGAUGGGUCCAUGCAGGCAGGGUUUGUAAAACUGACCAGCCAAUAACAGGUGCAACAGAUUAUCUUGCUAUUCAGAUGUUUCCCUCUGACUUUCGAUGCCAAAACAUUGGCCUGAGAGGAUUGCUAAUUAAAUAAUCAUGAUCCAUACCAUCUCAUAUUGUCCAUUAGGCAACUGUGUUGCUAUGUAUAUGGAAAUUGGACACAGAUCAAUAACUUCUUUUCUUGGUUUUCAAUAAUGUCCAUCAUAAAAUGGUUUUAGAUUUUUCCCAAAAUCAUUUUUUCCCUGGGUACCCUUUUUGUACUUCUGAAGAAUUGCUUGGUCCUUUCAUGUUUCAAAAGGAAAGUUUCAUUUGUAGUUCUGAAUUGCUUGAUCUCUACAAGGGCCUUACAGAAUUCAGUUUACUUUUAUUCACAGAGAAAGUUGGCUUUGAUGUCUUUUAAAGAUAAUUCUGCUAGCUGCUGAUCAGCCAGUCAGUCCACCUAGCUUCAAUCUUUCCAAGACCUUUAAUCUAAUUUUCUCGUACUGUGACUAAAAGGUAGGCAGGUUGUUGGAAUGGAUUAUAUAGUUUAUGCCAGCGUAUCCCUAAAUAUUACUUUAUCUAUUAAUUAUGCUAUCAGGACAAUAUACUCUUAGGCCACUUUUUUCUUUAAAGGCCACAUUAAUGAAAAUUUCAUUGUUUAAACACUCCCUAUAAUCUACGUGUGAAACCCUGCGUUGGAGCUGCCGAGUACAUGGCAAUAUUUUUGGUAGUAUGGUGCUUCCUGGUGUGUAUGUUUGCGUGUUUUCCCCUAAGUAAUUUACUAUUUCUUGAACAUUUAUUCUGUGAUACUAUGGGAGGAUAGCUAGAGGGUUUACCUGCAAAGAGGUGGGUUGCUGAGCUAGGGAAUGUUGUUUGAGAUAGCAGGAUUUAUGGUUGGACCCCUUAACACCAAUGCAUUUUGGGCAAUUCCUAGGAAACUCUGUAUGCACCUGUCUUCAAAUGCUGUCCUGUUUGCUUUUUUGUGUGGGAUGUAGUAGACCAGAAAGAGUUAAAACUGUCCAAGGAAAUAGAAACAUAAGGUUAAGAAAAUCAGAAUUUAUAGAAAAUACUGGGUAAAUAAGGAAAUAAUGUUUAGAAUGUAGGUCCAGUGACUUUUGCAGGCCCUUACACUCAGGUAGGGAAGUGAUGGUUCUGUUCUAAAACACCACCAAGGCAUCCGCAGGACUGGGAGUGGGAGAGGUUUAUCAGCUCCGCUGUCCUGGAGGAACAGCGCAAAGUAAAUAAAACUGUUAAGCUCCCUCUUUGGAAGUGUGUGCUUUAGAAAGGCCGACACCAUUGUGACUCUGGAUAGAAGAAAUGCUGGGGAAGUCCGUCACCCAGAAGGUUUCACUUCUCUGUCUCACCCUGAUUAUCUUGAGCAAGCUAAAGGAACCAUCAUAAUUUUAAAAUUGUUCCAUACCACCAACAGUUCUGAGGUUUUAAACAUGACCAAGGGCCAGGUAACUGCUGAAAGAAGUACCAGUCCGUGAAGACUGCUUGCUUACCUGACAUUGUGUAUCAAUUUUAAAUACUUUCCAUGUGUGCAGAUGUAAGGGGAAUAGAGCUUUCUGUAGAAUUAUAUAUGUCUAGUUUGUAAAGUGUUUUGUGUACUGCAGAUGUGUGUUCUCUGGGCUUUAUGUAUCUGUACAGUAGUUUCAUUAAGAAAAUUAGUGGAAAAACUUGUUUCCAUGAUCUGAUGGGGAGAAUGGUGGUGUGUGUCAAGUAGCAAUCCUGUACGACAGUACGUGUCACGAGAUCUGGAAGUAACCCUCCCCUGGCCCAUGGAAAAUUUUGAUUAUCUCCUAGGUUCUAAAAUGAAGAUGUAUGGAUACUCUGGCAGACUGCAUGUUGUAUAAUUUGAAAAAUACUAAAACUGGACAAUAAAAUGGACUUAAACUUUG